AUGACGUCGCCCGCUGAACUUACACUGAUCAUGUGUGGGCGAUACGCUUUGGGUGUGCGCUUGGCGUACAUUCAACAACGUCUGCAAGAGCAAGGCAUGCAAGUGGAUGAAGUGCCAGACGACGAUGCAGUCAGAGAGACAUACAACUUUGCACCGGGUAACUUCGGCGCUGUCUAUCGCGCUGAUAUCGCCGACAAAGGGGGCCACAAUGCUCAGCAACAUGCUGAUAGCGAGCACCAAAACCAAGAUUUAGAAAAGAGAAAAGAUGACGUUAACUCGGACGCUAAGUCAGCAGACAACACAGUUAUCAAAUACAAGCUCCAGAGCAUGAAAUGGGGUCUCAUCCCAUUCUGGACGAAGCGCCAGCCGGAUUACGGAUCUAUGAUGCGAACGAUUAACUGUCGCGAUGACUCGUUGAUUGAAGAUUCUGGGAUGUGGACUACCAUGAAGCGACGAAAGAGGUGCAUUGUCAUCUGCCAGGGCUUUUACGAGUGGCUGAAGAAGGGGCCUGGGGGCAAAGAAAAGGUUCCACACUUUGUCCGGCGCAAAGACGGGGAACUGAUGUGUUUCGCUGGAUUAUGGGACUGCGUUUCCUACGAGGGUUCUGACGAAAAGCUCUACACAUACACGGUGAUCACGACCUCAUCUAAUUCCUACCUAAAGUUCCUACAUGAACGUAUGCCGGUCAUUCUGGACCCAGGAAGUGAGGCAAUGAAAACGUGGCUGGACCCCGGCCGAAAGACCUGGUCAAAGGAGCUACAGUCGAUUCUCAAGCCCUAUGAGGGCGAACUGGAGUGCUAUCCUGUCCCCAAGGAAGUUGGGAAAGUUGGAAAUAAUUCUCCGAACUUUAUUGUUCCUGUCGACAGCAAGGAAAACAAGAGCAACAUCGCAAACUUCUUUGCCAAUGCAAAAAUGAAGGAGACUCCAGACUUGUCUCCAAAGAAGGAGACUGCGUCGCCGAAAAUGAAGAUGGUUAAAGACGAGGAUCGCCGCCCUACUAAGGAUUCAGAAUGGUCCGAAGACAAUGCCCCAAAGCCAGUCCCAGCUGUCAAAAGGGAGCAUAGUCCAGAAGCUCCUGAUGCCACGAAGGAAAGUAAGAAGCAAAAGGUCAAUUCAGAUUCAACGGGGCCAUCGCCGCAAAAAAGAAGUUGCGCAGUGCUACCCAUAACAGCCCUAUGA